AUGAGCCAAGCUAAGCUCCCAGAGUUUGUGGGACUUCUCCAGGCCGAAUGGGUGAAGCCACACAUAACGAAAAAGGAUACAGGAGGAAAGGAAAACGUUAGUGAUAGAGUUACGGAUCUGAACAUCACCAUCGUCACAUGGAUCGACAAUUCCCACCAAGGCUUCAUCGACUACAUGCUCCUCGAAAUCUUCCAAGAGGACUUUGUUGAGUGGGAUUCUGAUAACUUCGCCAUGGUCUACCCACCAAUUCUAAGAAGAUUCAAGACACUCCUUAUGUCAAGAGGAAUAUAUGUAGGGUGCGAGAACAACAAACGAUCGACCGUCGCACAGCAGCUGGCAGCAUUGCUUGAAAAUGAUACCCAUGACCUACCCCAGUGGCCGAAGCGCGAACUUGACCAGAUGAUUGGAUACGGGCCUGAAUUUCAGUCACUUGUCUUCAACGAGGGCAUACGAAGCACUGUUAAAGUGGCCGAUAAUAAUUGCAGUGAUGAUACUGGCACUGUAUUUGCCGACCUCAAAAGCGCAAAAACAGACAAGAAGAGACCAGAGAAGAGGCAGAAGGUGAGAGAUAGCAUGGAGAUUGACUCAGACAAUGACUCAGACAAUGACUCAGACAAUGACUCCGGCAAGACAUACAUUCCAAAAUGGGCGAAAGAAACACCGACCGAAUGUAUCAAUACCUCGAGAGCACUGAUGGAUCUAAGUAAACAUUAUAUGAAUCCUCAAGAUGCUUUCUCCACAAUGCUACGAGAUACCGCGCACGACUACUACCUUAGGCACCUCGCUGAGCAUCUUGAACACCUGAAUUUUAACGAUAUGGUCCACAAGGUUAAGAGAAGAUUUCACACGAAAACAGAAGAGCAAAAUUACCUGACUGAAUGGCGAGUUCUUACCCUACAGAAAGUAAUUAAAGAUAACCCUAACAAAAACACCCUCCAAUGCCUUGACGUGGUUAUCGAAAAGCUCCAGAAAAUAUAUGAAGCUCUCAGAUGCAACUACGGUCACAAAAGCCACAGUCUCGCUGGAAAAUUAUAUGCCGUAUGCCAAGGCGAAUCAGCCUGUGCACAAGCACUAAUACGCCCCCACGACGGAUUUGAAGAUGCCUGCGCUGAGCUUCGAUCUACUGUUAAGGUCCACAUGGACUGCACUCCACUGAAUGCAGGGCUGUUUCAUCAGACAGAAGAACACUUCGAUAAUGAAGAAGUGGAUAAUGGAGAGUACUUUGUCGACCGUAGGUACGGUGGAAAGCUAGGCUAUAUACAAAGAGGACUGCAUGCAAGAAACGGCCGAAGCAGUUUUAAGGGUGGACUUCGAGGUGGAUCCGACAGCAAUAACGACCGCCGGAAGAUUUGCUUCGUGUGUAAAAAGGCGGGGUGCUGGUCCACACGGCACGAACCAAGCGAUCGUCAAGGAAGAAUCAAUAGCUGGCGGACGUACAUGGCUGAAAAUGAUCUCCCCGCUGACAAUGAUACCCUGGCCAUGUUCAUCGUCGACUAUGAAGGCUACGAAGUGAACCAGAAUGAUGAUGAAACCGAUCUUAUUGGCAUGUUUAACGCGUGGUCUGAGGAUAGAACUGAGCAAUUCCUCACAAGUUACGGUACAAUCAAUGGAUGGAAUACAGCUGUGCUGCUCAACAAUCAAGCAGCUGAACAUGCUCUGAUAGCCAAUGACCCAUUUGAAUGGGCCCAAUCAGAGCCAAGCUCCAUUUUUCAGUUUCACAGCCGUUACAAUACAGAGGUCUUCCAGGGGAUUUUGCCCGACACAGGAGCGGCAGGGCUGUCAACAGCUGGAGAAAAGCAAGUUAAAGCUCUCCAAAAGAUCAUCCCAGGGCUCGAGAUGGACACAAGAAUAGCAGGUAACCAUUGUAUAACUUUAGGUGAUAGCCCCCAUGUGGUAACCCUCGGAACGGUCGAUGUGAAAAUCCCGUUCGGCACAAUAACAUUUACAGUUGUUCAGGCAAAUACUCCGUUUCUGCUUUGCUUAACUGAUAUGGACAAACAUUGUGUGUUUCUCGAUAAUACUCGAGACUUACUCAUCCAUGCAAAUAAACAGGGCAAGCAAGAAAUAUACCCUGCCGUACGCAAAUGA